UCGAUGACGGAUGGCCCCUUGUUUGGUGUUGCUCUAAUCCGAGGGUAUUUUUUUUAAGUAGUGACGUGACAAAAACCGUGUUAAAAACUAUUCAUAGUCUACGCCUUUUGUCGAACAAUUAGGGGCAAUUGGUUGUUUUUCCCUUCUCCGGGUAGUUUUGUUUCGGAACUUGUGUGAGGUGCGGUGCGAUAUUGUUCCAUUGUUAAGCUGGGUCGACGCGGAAUCACAUUGUGGUGUGGUGCAGUGCGACGAUUUUGAAGUCCUUUUAGCUUGGGACCCCCCGGGGAGAAAUCAAUUCGAGAGCACAAUAAAGACAGCAGAAGAGGUCGUAUCCGCUGGGAUACGACGAUACGGCGACUCAAUAUUGAUAGCGACCAGUCGAGUCGUUGAGUGCUAAUGUAAUUAAUUGGCCAUACGUGGACGUGGUGGACUACAUGCCGAGUGGUGUUUGCGUUUGUUUGGACAUUUUCGGAAACAAACAACUUCCGUAUAGCUUCUUACAUUGUACCAAGCGUCGAGUCAAGUGAUGAUGAUGAUGAGACGGAGCCGGAAGCAGUUUUUCGCCAUUAUUGUGGUGAGACUGCUCUUCUUAUGACGUCCUACCGGGUGCGGUUCCAAAUAGCUGGGAAUUUAAUGGGACUGAUGCCUUGAAUGGGAAUGUUCUACGGACCGGAAGAAAAGUUCUUAAUAGUGCUUCUUAAGUCGGGAAAAGGCUUAGCUGCCUACUAAUUGAGUGUUUGGGUGUGGGAAAAAGUUGUUCUCCAAGGAAGGCAUUUUGGAAACACGAAUAUGAUUUGUGCUGUUUUGGGAUUAUUUCGUUAUUGUUAAGUGAAAAAAAGGUUUUGAUUGUUUUGACUGAUCAUGUUGAAACAAAAAGCUCUUAAUUAAUUGAAAACCCUUGAUUUUUGAUGAAUAUCUUAUGAUGCUGAAUUAACUGGAUAGUGUAUCAAAGUCUAACACAUCUUGUCAUUCAUCUACAAAAGAACCGAAUGCGGAAGAGUUACGAGAAAUCUGUCUCUUACAAGAACCAACCCAUGAAUCAUUCCAUCAAAAGACCCCUUCAUCGUCCCCCGGGUUUCUAAAAUGACAAUACAAAGUUGUGAAAACAUUUUCUCACGUGCUUGCCCGAAACAUAUCCUGCUGAGCAAAUAAGGUUGAAUGCAACAGCCCCCUCCAUCAACAACAGAGCAGCAGCAGCAACAACAAUGGCAACGACCUCUCCCCAAUCCCCACGUGCUUCCGGUUCCGGAACCGGCGACUGUCCCCCUCCAUCGGCCGAAUCGCUCCGGGACUGGGAGUACGUCAAACAGGGCAUCGCACUGUGGCUCAACAAUCAACCGAAAGCGGCCGAGGAAAGCUUCAGGGACCGACAGUCGAGCGUUCACACCGUUGCCGGCCAUGCUUUCAUCUCGUUUUUGAACGCCAUUAUUUCCUGGGAAACGGACAAGAUGAACGAAGCUCAAAACCUGUUGCGCGAGCUGGAAAAAACCUGCGCCGGCGAUAUCGGUUGGUUGAAAACGGUGCGCACUAAGCUGUUCGGUAGCUACGGGCCACAGAAAACGCUAACCGAUUCGCUGGAGGAGCAAAUCAUCCUGGCCGAUACGCAGCUCUGUUUGGCCAUCCUGGUCUCGUUGGGUCAGGACCUCGGUGGAUUCGUCAAGGGUGGCUGGUUGCUGCGGAAGGCUUGGAAGGUCUACCAACAUACGUACAGCCAGAUUUACGCGCUGUACAGUAGAACCCAGUCCUGUGACAAUAUACCACAAGCGCCUCUUAAACACAAUCUACGGAACGGGCAGCUCGAGUUGGGCACACCUUGUUCGGUGGAUUGGACCGUCCCCAAUUCAGUCCUACAAACUCCUGAUGACAUAGACGAUAAACAAAUUUACCUCACCAUAAACCAACCGUCGACGGAAGAUAUCCGUCGGAAGAUCAGCAAAUCUCGAACGACAUUUUUUGCCGCCUCCUCGGAGCCAAGCAGUUCCGGUAACCAACAGGAAGCUGGCAGCAGCACAUCCGGUGGAGAAACCAGUAGCAGCAGUACCGUGACAGUCACCACAGACGAAAGCAACGGAAGCGUAGUAAAGCGAAGUCUCACGACUCAAUUCGAAGGGAUUGACCUGCAAGAACAAAGUGCCUCACCCGCGACGACACUGUCCAGUAGUGAAUCGAUACCGGCGGAAGUUGGACAACCGGCGGCGGCGGCGGCCAAUCGGGAUGGUUUAAGGCUGGAGAUUGACGGUUUCGGGUCGAAAUUUGCCAGUGAGGCCGUUGGCAGUCGGAAUGGGCUGCAUCACCUGUUGAAAGUGAGACCGCCACCGGAACCUGCCAAUUGUGAUGCGGUAUCCGGGACCAUGGUUGAUGAUAGUAGUAAACCGAUCGACCCGGCUGACGUGCGCCGCCUGAUGGGAGCCGUGUGCUUCGGAUACGGCGUCUUUCAGCUCAGCAUCUCGCUGCUGCCGCCCAGUCUGCUCAAGUUGAUAAGCUUCCUGGGCUUCGAGGGCGACCGAACGAUGGGCGUGGCCUGUCUGAUGCACUCGCGAAGCAGCGUCGAUAUGCGGGCCCCGUUGUCGACACUUGCACUGCUCUGGUACUACACCAUCGUGACGCCCUUUUUCGCGCUUGAUGGAUCAAACUUGAACUACGAAAUCCAGGCCGCCCAGGAGUUGAUAGACGACUCCGAUCAGCAGUUUUCGAAAUCGUCGCUGUUUUUGUUCUUUCGGGGUCGACUCGAGAGAUUAAAGUCGAACAUCAAAGGAGCAAUCCAAGCCUACGAAGUUUCGUACAAAUCUUCAGUUCAGCGAGAAAUUAAGCUCCUGUGUUUGCACGAAAUUGGUUGGUGCCGGUUAAUUCAACUGGACUACGGCAAAGCGAUGAACAACUUUAAAGAUCUCAGGCGGUGCAGCCAAUUUUCGAAAAGUUUCUACGCUUAUAUGACGGUCAUCUGCCAGGGAUCACACGGGUAUUUUGAUGAGCUGACAAAAUGGCGUUCGGAGAUCACGGAAUUGCUUAACCGGUCCAGCCAGAAAGAGUCACAGAUCGAGAAGUACAUCACCCGGCGCUGUUUCAAAAUUCCGGCCAGUGAAGAAGAACAGCAAAAAUUCGACACCCUCUACUGGCGAUUGCUGGUCUACGAGAUGCUGUUCAUGUGGAAUGCCCUGUCCAGUUGUGAUCAGGCCACUCUGGAAGCCAUCGUGGAAGAUUGUGGAAAACAACCCGAAGAGGAACUGAAUGAACCCUCGCUGGGAUUGGGACAGUUGGUUUUGGGAGCUGCCCUGACUGCACUGCACCGCCCGGAGGGAGCAGCUGGAGCCUUUCGUCGAUGUAUUGGCCGCCGGGAGGGCGAGAUGCUCCUGGAUGUUCACAUUUCUGCCUUUGCCCAUUACGAGCUUGCCAUGCUGUUGCUUCGCCGGCAGAACGAUAAGGAAGCACGAGCCGAGGCCAGACAGUUGCUGCUUUUUGUCCAGCAAAACUACCGGUGCUUUGAUUUCGAUAAUCGCAUCAACGUUCGAAUUCAUUCCAUCCUUCGGAGGCUCGACUGAAAUGGUUUGAGAGCAGUUGUUAGAAUUGUGGGUACGAAAUAAAAGGUGAAAACAAACAAAAAAGAAAACGGUAAAACUAUUUCCCAGUGAUAUUAUUAUUACGGAUUUAUUGCUCUUGAAUACUUUUAAGCAUUGCCGUGUGAAUAACCAUAUUUAGAAAAAUCUUAAUAAUACACAACAGGCCGGAACGAAAAAAAACUGUCAUCGGAACAAAAGUCAAACUCAUGAACAAAUUAAAAAAAAAAACAAAUUCAAUCUAAAUUCGCAAAUAGGCUUCUAGUCUGGAUUACAGUUGCCGAAAUCACAUAAAAAUCUAUAAUUUCACAGAAUUUUAAGCAAAUUUUCAUCACAGAUCACUGAAUUUUGGGAAUAUCCACCGAUUUCACAGAUUUCAAAUUUUGUAGGGGAGAGUGGGGUAUCGUGGGCCAUGGGGAAAGUGGGCCACUUUUAAUAUCUCAGAUGUGUGUUGAGAUAAAAAUCUCAAACCAACUGUCAUCGCCGUUGCUUUGCGUGAGCAUAUAUUUCUAUAUGUUGUUGACUGAAAUACGCAUCAUAUGCUUCUUUUAUUUAACAAGCUAAAAAAAGUUAGAAAAAUUUACUUUCAUAAUUAAAAAAACACCCGCUAAUUUCAUCGAUGGGGAACCUAAAGUGCAUAACAAAAAUAUGCUCAUACGCUUAUGAUCUUAGUUUUGUCAUUAUCUUUCACGUGAAAAAGGAAUUUUUGAUGAAACAUCAAUAAGUCACACAAACGCAACCAAUUUGCAAAUCAUAGCUUGUGGGGAAUCGUGGGCCACACAUCUUAAAUCACCUAUAUUUUUACGUUUUUAUACACAUUCAGAACUUAAAAUACGUUUUACCUAUCUGUAAAGUUUUCUUAUGCCAAAUGAAGAUUAAUGGAAAAUAUUUUGUCCAUCCUAUAUAAGAAAUUUGCCAAAAAGUUCGCGAGUUUUCGAAUUCAUGCGAUCAUACACAGCUCUCUUUUUUAUUUCAUCAUCUGAAAUUGCUUUCAAAUAACGAAAUUAAUUAAGAAAUCACAGUUUUGGGUCAACCCAUAAAUUUUGCAUGUUUUUUGGUCAAUUUGUAUUUGGUGGCCCACAAUUCCCCACCAUUUUUCAAAAUCCAAAAAAUAUUGCUUUUUUUCAAACAGUCAGAAUUGUGGGAAAAAAACUUAUUAAAAAUUAUAAAAAAAUACCUUAUGAUACCUUGAAAAUGUAGAAAACCAUAUCAUUUUUUAUUUUCAUUUUAUCUUUUAUAACAAAGAAGUUAUGGAACGACGAAAAAAAGUGGCCCAUGAUUCCCCACUCUCCCAUACGUAUUUCCGAAAUUAUAAACUUUAUGCCAACACGAAUUAUGGAUUUCUAACUUUGUUUUAGGAAAACAUGCUAAGAUUGGUACUGUUAAUUAAAAUGUAAAAAGGCUCAUUUCUUCGCGACUUUUCAAAGAAAUUUAUGCUGUUUCCUUUACAAAAAACCAUCACAGAAUCUCUGGGUAAAAUCACAGAAAGUCAGAAUUUUUUUUAACAAAAACACAGAUUUUUUUCGGCAACCUUGGUCUUAGGUUCGAAUUUGAAGUAGAAUUUGAGUUCAAAUUCUAAGCUUGAAUGCUAAGUUCGAAUUUCGAGUUUCUAAGUUCGAAUUUGGAAUUCAAGCUCUGAAUUCGAACUUAUGUUUACAACUUCAAGUUUCAUUUCUGAGUUAAAUUUUUGAAUUGUGCGUUCGAUUUUUAAUGGAGUGUUGAGUUCAAAGUUAAGAUUUACAUUCGAAGUACGAAGUGAUUUUGCGAGAGUUCGAAUUUUUUAUCCGAAUUUGAAUUUCGAAUUCCGAAUACAGUACUUGCUUGUUAAUCGGACGCUGUUGGAACAAGCUUAUUAACACAUUGCAGACUCGCCGCAAGUUUGCUACACUUAAAGAACGAACACGAAAUUAUUGCGACACCGAAAAUGUCAUGCCAAUUUUCUUAUAAUGUUUAGAAUAAAACCGAAAUUGUAGGGUAGUUUUAUGCAUAUAUUUACUUCAAAACUCAAAAGAAAAGUUAAUCGAUGAAGCCUUGAGUGUAAUAUUGAACGCAUUUCGCUUGAUGUCCUCCAUCAAAGUCUUUAAAGUGUCAUCCAGUACCAGUUUUUCAGUUUUUUACCUGUUUUUUAACAUGUUUUUCUCGUUUUUGACUGUCUUCUUGCUCUCCCGAAGUUUCCGCUUCAUUAUUGCCCAGUACUGCUUGCUCCACCGGGCGCAGUUUCGGACAGCUUAGCGGGUUCAUGUCCUUUGGAACAAAAUGAACAGAAUUGGCCUCAUACCACCCCAAGACACUUUUAGAAUAGUGGCAUGAUGCCAAAUCUGGCCAAAAUAGCGGAGCCUCGUCGUGCUGCUGCAAGAACGGCAAAAUGCGCUUCUCGAGGCACUCUGAUUUGUAGAUCGCCAUUUACUGUGUCCUUUGUCACAAAAGGAUCACUCCUCAGUCCGCAAGAGCAGUUGGUCUGCCAAACGAGAUAAUCGGAUGCGCUUGCCGGUGAAAAACUCCAACCCCGGAAUUUGCUUAAAAUCGGCUUUUACAUUCGUUUCGUCGUCCAUCACACAGCAGCCAUAUUUUGUCAGCAUCUUCUCGUAGAGCUUACGUGCCCAAGUUUUAGUCGUCGAUUGUUGCCGCGUAUCACGGUUUGGAAAGAUCUGUACCUUGUAUUCCAGCUCUCUUCUUUGCCUUCUGGAAGUAGCUCUGCGACAUGCCGAUCUCGGCUUGAGACGUUGGGAUUUGCUUUAAUCAUCCGCUUCACCUGACAUGCAGCGCCAACUGACUUUCACUUAUGGUACUAACAAAAGGGUGAUGAUAGUAGUUUUUUAACAUGGCAGUGAAUAUAAAUUGUUUUCAAAAUUGAAGUUUUUUUUAAACUGCCGAAUUUCAGAUAAUUUAGAUGACAGGAUCUUGUAAGAAAAUCAGUUAUUAACUUUUUUCAAACGAUAAUUUUAAGCACUCGUUUCGCCAAAUGCCUUAUGGUUUUGGGUAAGCAACCUUUUUCACGCUUUUUUAUGAAAUGUUUUAAAUAUAUUUUGCUAAGAAUACUUCUUCAAGACUCGGCAUGGAUCUAAAAAUAAAUCAGAAACAUGUUAAUUUGGUUUUUAAAACUGAUAAAUGUUGAAGAUUAUCAUCUUACGGGUGGUUUAUUACCAGUCCUAAGAAAAUCCUUGUGAUCUAAACUGGAAAGAUUCUGAUUCCGGGCAGGCUUUCCACGCAAUUGCACUACAGAGUUUCUCGCCAACUGAAAAUUAACGAACAUAAUCUAAAACGCGGGUUUUGAAAGUAUACACGAUUGCGUAGUUCACUUUUUCUUACCUUAUUCUAAAAUUUAAACUUGAAUAAUUAACCUUAGAACACCGAAAUUCUACAAUUUUCCUCUUUGUUUUGAAAAAAUACUAUGAAGCUUGACAUUUCUAUCUAUAAUAUCAUCCUUUUGAUCGCAGCGCUCUUUAAGUGUGAUUUUGAGCUGCAAAUCGCCAAUAACAAGUUAUGUUACUAGGCACUGUUGUAUGGGAAACGAGAAGUGUUUAUAAGAUAUCAUGUAUUACUACCCCAUCAACACAUUGCAAAUAAAGAAUUCUAAAAGCACCUGUAUUCGUGGUCCAAAAAGCCGGUUUAGACCCAAAUUCUGACCGAAGCAACGGCAUCCGUGGCAGAGGUGCCAGGUGUCCUGAUUUAUCAGGAUUUGUCCUGAUUUUCGAGAGACCGUCCUGAUUUUUCAAAAACCCUCGAGUUGUCCUGAUUUUUGAAAAUUUGCCCCUAAAAUGUCCUGAUUUGUCCUGAUUUUCAUAAAAACCUCGUAAAUAUGAUCGAGUUUGUAGUUAAACUAUGAGAAAAUCGAAUAAAUAGGUUAUAAAAUAGUUAAUCCCAUUUAACAUAUGGUAAUUUUCGGUUCAGAAGAUAUUUAUAUAUUGUUUUUCGAUAUGAACCACCGGCCAGCCAACAAGCUGCGUAUUGUUGUUGCAUAAAUCAAGGCGUUUACAGCACAUGUACUGCGCCUUUAUUUAUGCAAUCUAAGCAGAAAUCCUUAUGAUUUUCAUGAAUCAAGAGAUGUCCUGAAAAAUCCUGAUUUUUAACUUCGCGUUGUCCUGAUUUUUGACAAAACCACCUGGCACCCCUGAUCCGUGAUCCAUUAUUCCAGUUUUAAUUACCCGAUAGGAAAUACACCCUACUAUUCAUCAUACUUAGUCGGCUCGCGAAGGGUGCGUCGGCCGAUUUUCGAUCAUACUAAUAGGCCUAUUGUUGCAACGUUGCUUAUGGGAGUUUUUGCUGGGCAUCAGUCGAUUAAUAAACCGAUUUCGUAGGCCUAUCAAAUAGGGUGAUGAGUAGCAUGAUUGUGUAGGAACCGACUUAAUCGCCUGAUUAGUAGGGCGAUAAAGUUGAUGAGAUUUUCGACGUUCAGCUAUUUAAUAGGGGUAUCAAACGAGCUAUUUAGUAUUAACCACCCGACUCAAUCCGACUAAAUAGCAGAAUUGAUUGGCCUCAAAAAUCGAUUGUUUUUCCUACCACCCUACCCAAUCGUACUAAAUAGCCGGAUUGAUUGACAGCAAAAAUAGAUUUUUCUUUGUACCACCCAACUCAAUCCGACUAAAUAGCAGAAUUGAUUGACCACAAAAAUCGAUUGUUUUUCUACCAGCCUACCAAAUCGUACUAAAUAGCCGGAUUGAUUGACCAUUAAAAUUGAUUUUUUUUCCCUACCACCCUACGCAAUCCGACUAAAUAACUGAAUUGAUUGACCGCCAACAUCGAUUUUUUUCCUACCACCCUACCCAAUCGUACUAAAUAGCCGGAUUGAUUGACUUCAAAAAUUGAUUUUUCUUCCUACCACCCAACUCAAUCCGACUAAAUAGCCGGAUUGAUUGACCGCAAAAGUACCAUCCGACUAAAUAGGGCGAUUUAUGUAAAUGGUUCAUUUUCGUAUCUCGGAGCAAGUCCAGUAGAGGUAUUUUUAUUUUUUAUUUUGGCGAAGUAAAUUUUUGGCAGGUAGCCUGAUGGUGGAGGCACGAACCUGCAAACUGGCUCAUUCGGCAAUAAGAAUGCCGGAAUCUUUGAACCUAGCUUCCUACAGUAGCCGUUCGGGAAACGAUCUGUCCUGUGGAGAAGCUUGCCAUCCAAGCACUGCAAAACUCCAACGAUCUACCAAGGCUUCCGUAAACUUCUGACUCAACAGCAGCUCGGACCUGAAGGUGGAAAUCCGUUCCAGCUCCUCCACCCAACCGGUACAAACGGAUUUCGAGAGCUGAAUGUUUUUCUAUUGAAAUAAGAGGAAAACAAUCAAACUAAUUUACAAAAUAAAUUUUUUAUUCCAUCAACUCACCUCCGGCACCUCAUCCAGAAACUGGCCCACGGUGAGGGCGUCGUCAGCGAUGCCUCCAUCGGAAUCAUGAACACCUUCGAUUAUGGUUUUAGGCAUGCCCAGCAAACGUUCGGGAACUUGGUCAGGUUGACGUCGUCAUGACGGAACCGAUAGAAACCCGCUCGCCACUCGAACAAACUGCUGAUGAGCACAGACGAAGUCUUCCGUGCUAUCGUGGGCCAAGCUUUCCCUUCGAUGAACUCCAUCACACAACACAUGUCAAAAACUAAUUCAGUUAUGACCAUUCCAUACUAAAUAUGCUUAAAGUUUGCCAACUAAAUAGAGUCCUACGAAAACCUACUAAAUUGACCGAUCCUCCCCGAUUACGUCUAUCAACUUAUUGUGCUACCAAAUCAUGCGUAUUUGUGUGAGCCUACUCAUCAGCCGAUUUAGUAUGGCACCUAUUUCUUAUUCAAGCGUAGCCCAAUUAAUCGGCAUACUAAAUAGGGGGGCUUAUUCUGCGAGGCGAGUGACGUGAAGUGACUUGGUUUUUUAGAGUCACCGUAUUCUAGCAGGCGAAUGCCGUGACUUCAAUGAACUUUAGGUGACUUGAAUGAACUUUUUUAUACUGUCACCGUAUUCUCAGAGGCGAAUGGCGUGACUCGAGUCGGUGGCAAGUGACUUUUGGAGUCGUAACCUAUUCCGCAAGUGACUCGGUAGAAAAUAAAGAGAAAUGCAGCUAAAAUUAUUGAAAAAAAUGAUAUAGAUUUUUAUUGCCACAAAUUUAAGGUGAAAAAAUACUCCUUUUUCAGAAAAACGAAUUUGCUAAUCUAAAAUGCUGAAAAAAAAGUAUACUUAUAUUUGAAAUAUUCAAACUUAUUACUUAAAUGAUCUUAAACAGUUGGAUAUUCUUCUGCACUGAAUUACAUGGCGCAAAGCUUCUCGCAACCCGGAACAAUCAAUUAAAUGUGAUUUGAAACAAUCCACUAAAAGCCUUAUCAAGGGGCGGAGUUCUACCUAACGGCAGAACUCUUGGUAUAAUAAAAAAGUAAUUUUAAUAACAUAACUUUUGAUGUUUUUAAUCCUUUAUUUCUCUAUCUUUUUUGGCAUAAUAGCACAGCACUUUCUUCCACCAUUCAGUUAAUUUUUUUUUCACUGUUCCACUACUCCGUUGGCUAGUGCAGCGUUCUACGGCAUCGUAUCGUUUCUAGUACACCUGUAAACGGAGAGAGAUCAGAAUAGAAUUAAUUUUAUAAUAAAAAUAAUUUGAUAAAAAAUCACUUUCUUUCACCGUUCAAUUUCACUGACCUGACGCUAUGUUGACCUGGAAGCCCAAAAACAUUCCUACGGCGUCGUAUUGUCCUCAGUACAGCUGUAAUGGAAAGAGAGCAGAUAGUUCUAUAUUAAAAUUAAUUGAAAUGAAAAUAAUUUAAAUAAAAAUACCUUUUCCUAUACAGGCCAUCCAUUUUUGUUCAUGCGCAAAUAUCUUUUGACAGUUCAUAUAAUUCAUUUUGGAGCUUGCGAAUGAACAGAGCGGCAAAAAUCAAAAAAAUAGAAGGGUAGGUGAAGCACAUUUUUUAUGAAUAGCCUAGGUGGUAUCAAAAAAAGCUGAGAAGAUGUUUUGUAUGUCCAAAUGUUCGUUUACAUCAGCUGGAUCUGAAUACAAACACAAAAAAUGACCUUACAAAUCCAUCAAAACUUGUUUUGUUAGAAAUUUCCAAUAAAAUUGAACAUAAAAUCUAACAGAUUUGCAUCACCUGGGUAUGCACGCACGUUGGGCAAAAGCAUUUUUCAAAUGAACUUCGAUGAACAACCAAUCCAUAAAUAGGGAUUGAGCUCUAAGGUUAUACAUUUUCGCGUUCGCAUGUGUAUUAGUAGUCCAACAAAUAACGAUUUUUUAAAAUUAAUCAAAGUUGUUAAAAGAAAUCAAUUAAAAAAAUUUCGUAUGGUUUCUAAUGUGUUUUAAAAUUUUUUUUUAUCGCAGUUUUUAUGGUCUGAUCAAUUAUGGAGUUCAAAGGGUAUCAGAUCGAGUUUUGAGCAUAUUUGAUCACAAAAAUUAAUUUAAAAUAAUUAAAAUGUUUGAUUUCUUAAUCAAUUCUAUUCAAAUAAUAUUAUGGAAAGAUUAACUUUCUUCCAAAUAAUAUCAAACUGAUUGACCGUGCUUUUUCAAAUAAAUGAGAUUAUAAAUUGAAGAAGACUGGAUUUAUUCAAGCAAAUUCAGGCAAGCUCAGAUUUUUUUUUCAAUAAAACAUCUGUAAUAAAAUUUAUUAACGUAUAUCUAAAUGAUUGAAUGAAAGUAUAUUAAAUUCUUCGGAAGAAUUCAUAACUUAAAUGGAAAUUCUCGGAAAAAGUCUUCUUUCUUUGUUGUGCGUUGGUUCAGAUUCUUGUCUCAUAAAUAGAAAAACUGGCUUCUAGAAUGUUGAAAGGUCCCGGCCGAACUCUGCGGACUAAUGCACAGAGUAGUUUAAAUUUAUUUUCAUUCACAAUCAAAUGAAACUCUGGGUCACAAUCUGGUUUACUAUGUUCGAAUCAUCUGGUCCUAAUUUUUGAGGACCAUGACCACUGGAUUUGGAGUGCGCAGUUUUCGCCUCGGUUUAGGCUGCCAGACACUUGAGAAAGAAAAACCAUCCGUCGCCCGUAGUCCUGUAAAAAUGCAAGCUUAUAGAAAAUCUUCAAUAUUCACUCUUUAUUAACAUACACUUAGGCAUAGGCGAACCAGCCUGCGACAGAAAAGCUUGAGAGGGCAAAAUACAAACAAAAAAUACCUACACUUACCAUACUUCAUCCCGAAUCCUUCUAAUUUUGUUCACUCUGAUCUCACGACUAGCCAAACUUAAUUCGAUAUAUCAGUUUUUCUAUUCUUUUUGCAAGUCGAAUCAAAAUAUCUUUUGAAUCAAAUGCUGAAGUUUCUAUAUAAAUUGAAAGCAUUUUCCUUUGGUUAAAAAUGUUUACUUUGUUUCAAAAGAAAAAAGCCAUUCAACCAAAUCAGUUUUGUUGUGUUUCAAAAGCCUAGUUUUCUCUGCGUUUUAUAUUAUCAGCAUAAAUUUUCGAAUGUUUAGUGAAUGUGACGUCAUCCAAGAAUUUAAAUAUCACCCUACCUUCUUUAAAUGUCCUUAAAUAUUUUGACAGUCCGCAUAGUGAACCUGAUGAAACUGGUUCAUUGCCUCUGGAACGUCAAAAUGAAUGCAGCAAUGAACUAGUCACCUAAAGUGAGUCGCCUCUCGGAAUACCACGACUAUAGUCACGUGACUACGACUAAUGUGACUCCGAGUCACUUCAUUCGCCUCGCAGAAUAAGGCCCAGGGUCAUUGAUUUAGUAGGGUGAUUCGUAGCCAGACUAAAUCGGCACCCAACUAAAUAUGUGAACGGCGAAAUUUUUCAACUGUCAAAUUUCCUAUCGGGUACCUUCCUCUAGAACCGGUUUAGAGAUUGCUUCAAAACUGAUGGUAAUUGAACCCAAUUUGACGCAGUUUCAAAACCGUUUGACAGUUAAAAGAACUCGAGUGGGCUGGUCAGUUUUUUCACUUGAUUGGAUUUAAUUUCGUAGAUCCAGAUCUUGUACAAAUUAGACCCAAGAAUAGACCACGGAUACAGGUGCACUGAGCUCAAAAUACAAAUAAAAAUUUCAAGAGCAAUCCGAGAUCCAACUUUUGUUUGAACUUUGAGAUCCAUUUCGAAUAUUUAUGUCAGUCAAGCUUGAAUUCUGAGCAAGGUUGUUGAAAAAAAAUCUGUUUUGUGACAAAAAAAAUCUGAAUUUCUGUGAUUUUACCCAAAAUUUCGGUGAUGGUUUUCUAUGACGCUAUUUCCUUAAGUUUUUAAUGAAAAAUUGAGUCUUUUUUACAUUUUACUUGAGCAAAAUCAACUUACUUUACUAAUCCUACCAUAUUUUUCAAAUCUUAACAUAGAAAUCGAUAUUUGUAUUGACAUAAAAAUUUUGAAAACACGUAAAACAUUUAAAAAAUCUGUGAAAUCUGUGAAUAUUGCCAAAAUUUUGUGUUCAGUGAUGGAAAUUUGCCCCAAAUUCUAUGAAACUACAGAUUUUUCUGUGAUUUCGGCAACCUUUAAUCUGAGUUCAAAUGAUGAGUUCGAUUUCUGAGUUCGAAUUUCUCAUCCGAAGUUCUAAUUAUGCAUUCCAAUUCUGAGUUCCAACUUUGAAAUCAUAUUCUGACUUCAAAAUGUUGGUUAGAAUUUUGAAUCACAAGUUCUAACUCUCGAAUAGAAUUAUCAGUUUAUAAUAUUUAUUUUAUUUUGAGAUUUUUCAAUAAUGAGUACGAAUUCUGAGCUGGAAUUUGGAGUGUAUUUAUUUUUAGUUCGGAGCCCUGUGCUUGAAUUUUAAAUUCCGAUUUUGAGAUUGGAUUUGAAUUCGUAUCUAAAUUCUGACUUUGAGUGUGAGUUAAAAAUUCAAAUUUGGUAUCGAUAUCGGAAUUUGAAUCCGUAUUUACAGUUCGAAUUUGAACUCGACUCGAAUUAUGUUAAAAUGCCAUGUUUGAACGUGUUCGAAGCUGAAUUUGAGUACUAAAUUCGAGUUUAAAUUCUGAGUAUAAAUCUGAUUUCAUCUUUGGAGUUCGAAUUUGAAGUUCGUAUUCUGAGUGAGGAUUCUGAAAUCGAAUAAAGACUUGGAAUAUAGGGUUUGAUUUCUAAUUUCGAAUUCUGAGUUUGAAUUUUAUUCCAAAUUUAAGUUUAUUUAAAAUCAUUUUUAAACCUCAAUGAAGUAUUCCAAAUAUUAGUCGAGAACAAGUAACUUGCUAACAGAAAACCGGUGCCUUAUGAAAAGUUAAUAACGAAAGCAAAACUAAGGAGCAAAUAAAAGGAAGGCGAUCAGGUUUGCAGAAAUAGAAAUAACGAAAUUUCUUAAAUAAUUGAAUUAAAUUAAAUAAAAAAUUGAUUUUAAACUUGUAUAAAAAAACUAUGCUAACAAAAGAUCGAAAUUUGGAAAUAAGAGCUUGUGCUACUCGAAAAUACAUUUUCUAUCCUAAGUGUAAGAAAUUUGAGGAAAAAGUCAAGUUAAACAAAUAGCUACCCCAUAAGUUAGACUUUGAAUUACCUAACCUCAGAUCUAAUAGCUCAGACAAAUAACUAAAACAUUCGCAUGCGUUCAAUAAAGUUAUGUGAUAUAAUGUCAAAAAAAAAAAAACAAACAAGUUGAAGCAACCUAACAGAACCUAAUAAACCCACACAGCAAAAAAAAUUGUAACGUUGGACGAUGUAAUUUAUGAUGAUGUUAGCAAACCUAUGUAUUUUUAUUGAUUUCGGUUGAAAUAUUACAUCUAAAUGAUGUAAACAAUCCGAACGCGUCAUGUUGUGUAAUAUUCCAACUUGCUAUGUAGUAUUACAUCAAGUAGUCAGUGUUUAUUCCAAUUGACAUUUUCAAUAGUUUUCGUGUCGGAAAGUUCGAAUCGGAUUGUUUACCUCAGGAGGAUUUGUUCUGUUGGUAAGUCAUAUCAAUUUUGAUAAUACAUCUAAGCAAAACUAUUGGUAAUAAUUUCUUAACAGAAUUUUGCUCUUUUAGGAAUUUUGGCCAUCGCUAAUCAGUGAUACAAAAGAGUUCCGGUGAAAAGAAAAUAAAAACAGUUGUAUUUGAGGUGAGUAUUCUGCGUACAAUUUUUUAUACUCCCUGUAAACUUUUUCAUUCAAUGUUUACAGGGAUUGGAUUGUUACCGUUUGCAAACGUGAAAGUGUAAUGCCAAAUUGCCUUCAAAGGGACAGAUAAAACGGAUACGGAACCUUGCCAAUCAGUGUUUUUUUCACGUGUAAAUGUCUGGCUGAAGGUCGAAUGCCCCCUUUCCAGUUUCCUUUUAAAGUAAGGAUAUGAUUUCAACAGGAUUACCAAAGGUCCACCGACGCACAAGUGAUUGAAUCCAUUUUAAUGCUUCCAUCCUUAAUUUGUUUGUUUGUCAUAUUAUGCAUGGAAUAAAAUUAUCUCUCUAGUUUUUAAUGGUUUGAUUUACUCUGAUAAAACUUUCUGAACCCAUCCUACAUACAUAAAUAGAGGCCUAAAUUAUGAAUCUUUAAUUUGAAUUGUCUAAUUAUUUCAACAUAUCAGAAAUUAUUCAAAUUUUAAAAAUGAUGAUGGUUAGUGAUUUUAUCACGAGAUGUAUUUUAUCUCUGUGCUUGAUCAUGUCUACUGCGUUACAUAUAUUCAGUGUAUUUUUUUUUACAUCCAAAACGUGUAGUUACUUGGUACAUCAAAACAAUGUAAUAUUAGAUACCUUUAGCGACUCAAGUUAUGUGCACGUUUUUGAUGUAAUAUCGCAACACUUUUUUUUGCUGUGCAAAACAAUGUUUGCAAUAAACAAUCACGUCUCUUUUUUUUUAUUUGAUGACAAUUUCUCACUACUUUCUAUGGAAUUUAAGAGAGAAAACAAAACACCGGAAACAGGAGCCCUGUUUAUCUAAGUUUGAUUGAUGAUCAAUAAGAUUUCCCACAAUAUCGGAUAGUUUAUUUUGUAUCGUUUUACAAUUUACAAUCAUACUUCGACUAAGCUUGGUUGUUUGUCGUCCACGACUUUUUUUUUGGGUUUUUACGAGUUUACAUUUGCCUUUCAUCUGAAACUUAUUUUGCGUCAGUGUAACUUUAUCUUUCUGCUAUUUUUUCGGUUUUCCCCAUUCUGUCUUAUCUUAAGACUUGACUUGAUAGUAACGUGUUUUUUUUUAUAUUUUCCAUUUCUUGGUUUGUUUGUUUGUUUGUUUUUUGUUUUAAAGACAUACUAUAAAUAUACCACACCUAACAAGAGUGAGGAGCUUAACUGAAUAAAGUAUCAAAACUAAAUAUUGCGAUAAAAAAAAUCAAACUAGUCAACAAUGUUUAAUUAUGACGAAGCAAAGCUUCUUCUACUGGAGUAGCACCAAAUGUGAUCAAACUGUACUUGUUUAAAAAAAAAUAAUAUCAAUAAACGAAUUUGUUAAGAACAGACUACCUAAAGAGAAGUCAAUAAGACACGCGCUUAGCAAUAAUUAACAAACUGGGUGCACUGCUGGUAAAUUGUUAUAUUUAUGUAUUAAUUUUUGCACUUAUUGAUGAGAGGAAUGUGUGUCAAAAUUCGAACCAGAAAAUCUAACUCAGAAUACAAACUCAGAUUCGAUAUUAGAAUUCAAAAUCAGAAAAGAACUUCAGAAUUCAGUUCCAGAAUACGGAUUAAGAAUUGAGAUUCAUAAUUUAGAUUCAGAAUUCAGAUUCAGAAAUCAGAUUCAGAAUUCAGAUUCAGAAAUCAGAUUCAGAAUUCAGAUUCAGAAUUCAGAUUCAGAAUUCAGUUCCAGGAUACGAAUUAAGAAUUCAA